UGUCGAGCGCCACUUACAACUCAUUUUGUUUACGUUGUUUUGGCAUUGGAAUCGAAAGGUUUCUGAACUACGUUGCACACAAGUGUGAGGAAUACGGACCAGGGUCCGGUUUUAAGGCCUAGCUCAACCGUUUGCCUCUUCUCCAAAGUAACUACCCCUCUAACGGUACCAAGAGAAAAGCCACCCAGAGAAAUUUCACGCCAGGAAGUUAAGUACUGGAUGAGACACCAUGGGCCGUCUCGAUGAAGCUGCCAAGCGCAAAGUGGUGGAGCUGCGGAAGGCUGGUUUGAGUUUCCGUAAGAUUAAGGCAGUGCUGGAGCUGGAGAACAUCAAGGUCUCUGCUCAAGCCAUUUACUUGUUCCUGAGAGAGUUUCAGGGAAGACCGCCAGGUAGAGUCGCACCUGAGGAGGCUGGGAGCAGUACAACCCUAACACAAGUGCUUCAGAGAGCUGGGGGAAGUCACAGGGGAAGAGGAGAGGGCUGGAGUAAUAUUCAGCUACAGAGCCUCCUACAUGAGGCAUCACUUCAUGCAGGCUUUUCUGCAGCAGCAGAAUUAGCCAAACAAACCACCUAUACUCCAGAGACUUGUGCAAAGCAAUCUGGGACAGUGGAGAGAAGUAUGGGUAGCAGACCAGAGCAGCAACAUGAAGAAAACAAGGAAGAGAAUGACAUCCAGAUUGUUAGUGUUACCUCUCUUGCACAGAGGACCCAACAAAGGGACCUCCAAUCCUCUUUAACAGCAGCAGGGUCAACUACAAUGACAAUAACGGGGGCGACCAUGAGGAGAAGAGUUACACCUUCUCCGGCAAGUAACCCCAUCUUGGCAGCUCGUAAGAGGCUUUUGGAUAAGGCCCUGUCACAGAGGACAAAGUCAUUCCAGCAGGUGGCAUCAAUGCUGCGAAGAGAUCAGUCCAGUGUCCAAGGUGCUAAUUUUAGAAGUGCAAUUCCAAGACAGCCUGAAAGAUAUGACCUGACCUCUGAUAAGUCAGUUACGGAGGGACAAGCUGGAGCAGCCAGCACUACCAGACGUUUUCUCACCCAGAGACCGGGUCUGUCCGUCCGCUCCUAUCAAGCGCCACCUCGGAUUGGCAUCCGUCUCCCUAACACGACACCAGCACCACUAACAUCCUCUGCUCCUGUGGCUGCUGUCAUCCAGACCACCGGAGCUCAGGGUGUUCCCCGGAGAGAUGGGAAUCCCAGCCCCCAGCAAGGAGUCCAGGACACAGGGAGGAAGGGUGUUGGUGGAGAUAAUAAUGGGCUGCAGGAUCAGAUCCAGACCCUAGGUACAGAGGUGCGCAGCCUGGGCCUGUCAUUGAAGAUGAUGGUGGAGCAGCAGUGCCGCAUGGAGAGAGAGCAGGUACAGCAGACACAAGUUCAGAGGCAGAUACUCAGCACCCUUCAGAGUUUAGCCUCCAGACUGGGCACCUGUAACAGCCAGCAACAGCAUAAUAAAGCUCCAACACCGCCAUCUUUGCCGACUGCCUCUGUGUCGAACUCCUUCAACCAAGAUACCUUUUCGUACAGUCAAGACACUUACACUCGCUGUACCCAAACACAGCCCAGCUACAAUUCUAUAGAUGGUCUGGAGACAAUAGAGCGCUUCAAAAUGCCUGAAUUAAAUCCUACAAACAUUAAUGGGUUCCCACCAUGCAGCAGUGCCGAGAGCCUCCUACUUAACCACAUCACCCCACAAACACAACCUCACACAACGGUGUACACACAGCAGCACAAUCAAACACAAAUAGCAUCCUACACACAGCCCUACGUUCCCGUGUAUACCCAGUCACAUUCUCAGUCAUUCAGAGGGCCAGAUGGCAAAGCGCCCGAUUUCCCCAGCGGUUGUUCUGCAGGAGCUCUCCAGAACUGUGGGGUCUCCAACCAGCCAGUGAUGAACACCAACCACUCUCCACAGGAGCAUCAGCUAAAUAUUAUUAAAGUGGAAGGACCUUAGAAUGCUCAUACUUCCACAUACGCAUAAGCUAGAGGUUAACCAAUGAUCAACGUCGUCCGAGGACACUCGUUCAAAUGGCUUAAUUAUAAAUCCCAUAAUUAAAUUAUAUGAAAGGUAACACAUGCCAAGCAUUAGGGGAUGGUGUGCAAAGUAAAUAGACUUAAGAGUGAUAGUUUUUUAUUAUGGGUGUGCAGCAGCAUUAAGAAUUUAAUUUAUGGAGGGUGUGUGUGUGUGUGUUUCCCCUUAGCUGAACAUUGGCAUAUCGUGAGCGAAUCUUUCAAACAAGUGUCCUACGACUGAACUUUUGUUACCACAGCUAUUUUCAACUUAUUUAAUUUUCAACCUCAGUACUCUAAUAAAACUGUCAUUACUGUGCGUUCUACUCGCUACUAAAGGCUACUUCCUCUCCUCUCCUUUCUUGAACUUCAGUCAGUGAAACGAGAAGCUGAAGGAAGAGGGAGUAUGUCCCUCAGCUUUGCCCAGGGUGUGGUAGAGCGUGAUUUGUUUGCCUCUUGUCGUUGUUUGUUCUGUGUAUAUAAUGUGAUACUGCAUAGGAGUACACAACUGUGCUGCAUUGAAUCGGAUAAAAAAAACGUUACGUAGUCGAGGUAACAAUCCAUGUGGCGAUGUGUGGAAGCAACUGAAAGACUCGUUUUUCUUUCAUCCCUUGGCUAAACAAUGUUUAAUUCAAGCCUUAUAAUGGGGGCAGUUUUGUUAGAUAGCUCUAGCAACAUAUUUGUCUCGUGAGAGUCCCGUGAUUGGAUUUUAUGUAAGUAACUGCACAAGUCUGUGUCGCCCCCCCCCUUCAAGACUGUUAUAAGGGAAUUAUAAAGAUCUCUUUCAU